AUGGCGCCUGCCAACAUCAGUAUGGCUCUUCCUGUGGUGAAGCUAGCCACUGAUUGCGCAGACUAUGCAGAUACUCUGGCGCCCUACCUCGACCAACUGCGUCCACUGCCAUCACUAAUUACCGAGCAUAUCACCAGUGCUGCAGCGCUCAAGCAGCUCUAUAUUGACACCAACCCGUUCGUUUCGGGGCUUGCUAUCUCGUUGUUCUUGUCGCCCUUCUUCUUGUUUGCUGCUGAACUGAAUCAGAAUUGGUCGCAGAUCGAUCGAGUAUGGUCUAUACUCCCAACUCUGUACAAUGCACAUUGGAUGAUAUGGGCGCACCUGUCAGGCCUCUCGACCGAGCGAUUGGAUUUGAGGCUCUUUGUGAGCCUAGUCUGGAGUGUUCGGUUAACAUACAACUACUGGCGAAGAGGUGGCUACAACAUUGGAAGUGAGGACUACAGAUGGGCGAUUAUUAAGAGAAGGAUCGGUCAGCCAUGGUUCUUCAUUCUCGACGUGACUUUCAUAGCACUUGCUCAAAACGUCCUCCUAUUCCUUGUCACGAGCCCCAGCUAUAUUGCGCUGUUAGUCUCGCGUCUUGACACGGCUAAUAAUGACCGAGCCCUUACGAGCCUCGAUUACUACUUUGCCGGCCAAAUCCUUUACCUCAUCGGGCAGACUUGGCUGUCAGACCAGCAGCAAUGGGAUUAUCACUCGGUCAAGCACCAAUACCAGAAGACAGCAAGAGUACCAACGCAUUGUGGUUUUACAGCGGAAGAGCUGGAUCGAGGGUUUCGCACAUCAGGCUUGUGGGCAUAUUCACGACAUCCCAAUUUCACUUCUGAACAACUUGUCUGGUGGUCUUUCUACCUUUGGUCGAGUCUGUUAGCUGGGAAGCCAUUCAACUGGACUAUCGUUGGUCCAGUUAUCUACUCCCUGAUCUUUGUUGGCAGCACACCCAUUACGGAGUAUAUCUCCGAAGGAAAAUACCCUGAGUACAAAGAGUAUCGACAACAAGUUGGCAUGUUCUUGCCAAAGUCGUUCUCUGCACCUAGAUUCAGUGGAAGAUACUCGCCGAAGAAGAAGAGGAUAGCCGAUGGGAAUAAUUAUGCGACCAAAAAGAAUGCAGAGGAUUAUGCGCAGGCAAAGACGAGGUACGAUCUGAGAUGA